AGAUUUUAAAGGUGAAGGUUUUUGUUAUUUCGAAGCUAAUGAAAGUUUCUAUUAUUUUGAUUCGAAUAUCUUAUAAUAUUGAUUUUUAAUAUUUUUUAGGUGCAAAUCUUUUUUGGGCACUUCUUUAAAGAAUUGAAAAGAUCAUCACCAUGAGUGAAUCACCAACUGCAGAACAAAACGAUGUACCGAAGGAUGCAAAAGAAGUCGAAAAGUUGGAGGAAGCGAAACUUAAGGCAAAGUUUCCCAAUGCGAUGCUCGGCAGAGGCCCCGGGGGUCACUCGGCUUUCCUGCAAAAGAGACUGGCUAAGGGUCAAAAGUUUUUUGAUUCCGGUGACUACCAAAUGGCGAAGCAACGUCCCAGCAACCUGGCCGCUCCAUUCAAAGCCCCCGCUGCUCCCAAACUGCCCACUGGCGAUGCUAUCCCAACACCCGACACCGUGCCCUUAAGGAAGACCUCCAUCAUCCAGCCCAAGUUCCAACCAUCCAGCCAGACCUCUUAGCCAACAUGCCUUGUAUAGACCUCAUCCGUUUCUAGGGGUCCGACUGAUAUCAAUCUUUGUUUUCAUAUUCAGCUAACGAUGAGGUGACCAGUCUCGCUUUGUGUUGCACCAUGUUGCUAUAUCUUAUUUAGACGCCAUCUCGUGGUCUUUCAAUAAACAGUGUUCAUGUGUUUAUAGCAUUUUUAAGGAUAUCUCGUUUGAUUGUACCUAUUUCAAUAUCGUUUCAAAUUUUACUAAAAUUUUUUAAGAGAACUGUUAUGAUAUGUAUAAUAAAUUAGGUAAAAUAAUAUUAGAUGUGUGAAUGGGGUCGGAGUGAGUUGUAUAAAUAGUCUGUUCCUUUUAUGUAACACUUUUAUAUCAUAAAUAUCUGUUCCAACUCCCUACUAAUAUAUAUAAGAUGAGUAUAUAUACUGGUUACGGUUCAAUGUAUACAGCCAGAAUAAUAUUUUUUGUGUAAAACUCAUUGUGAUGUAUGUUUUAUUUAAGGCAUUAAAAUUUAAUAACAAUAGAUAAUAAAAUAUAUCGUCUUUAAAUUUAAAAAUCCUCUAUCGCAAGUCUCCGUACGUGUUACAUAACUAGUGUAAGAGUAACAACACUACUGAGUGCAUGGUAAGUAAUUAAUAAUUUGAUGCUAAGUAAAUACUGAUUUUUUUUUUAAUUAUAUAUAUAUUUUUUAAUAUCUGAUUAAGAACGAUAAUAUGUACAUUAUUAUCCUAUAAAAACAUCAUCAUCAAGGUAAGCUUUUAUUUUUAUGGACAGAUUGUAUUGGGUACUAAUUAAAAGAAUUAAAAUUGGGUAGUGUCAUAAAAGCACAGCUUGUUAAUAUUUUAUUUUAUUAAAAAAUGAUUGAUUCACAUUAUAAUUUAAUAUCACUAUGUUUCGGAUGAACAACGUCGUCGGCUUGUGUUGGUGUCCGCAUACAAUGUACAAACCAUAAUUAGGUGGGAGAUGUAAAACUAGUGUAUGUCGUGAUUUUAGCAUUAUUUAAUAAUAAAUUUUCUUAAAAUUUA